UUCCAGAUCGCGAAAGACUUUGCCCUCCCAUUUGUGUUGACUGGCGGACCUAGCUCGUGAUCUGUGGUCUUUGAUCAGUCAUGUUGUUAUUGUCGGCUUAUUUCAUUUGGAAAUUGUUUUUGACAAAUUGGACAGUUUAUUAGGCGUACGCAGUGUACGAAACCGUUAUGUGCUAAUGUAAGAAAGUUGAAGGUCUGCGAUAAUUGGCUGUUCCCAGUGACCUCCACAGUGAAGAAUGUGUUAAUCCUGCCACCCGGCUGCUGUAGAAUGUUCCCGUCUCCGCUACAGGCCCUGCGUGAUGAGCGCAACAUCUUGCUGCUGUUCGGGCUGGUGAUCCUUGUGUACUACGUGAUGAUGGACAUCAUCCUGUGGAGGACCAUCCUCGACACCUCCCUGGCCCACCAGAAGCCCAGCAAGGACGGCCUCUUCUCCCCGUUCUCCCCGCUGUCCAUGAAGCUCCUGAUGAGCGACCCGACCAGCCACUACAUCAUCGCGCCAACGACGGAGUACUUCGACAAGAUCACCAAUUUCAGCACCGUCUUUUACUUCAUAACACCUAACAUGAUAUCCUUUACUCAUCUGUUCUUAGCUUUUGUGUCGGGCAAGUUCGUAGCCUCCGAGAACCUGCAUACACGGAGGAUCGGAGUCGUUCUCUAUCAGUUUCGAACUUGGCUGGACGGCCUGGAUGGGGUCGUGUUCCGGAGUCGGUCCAGCAAAAAGAUGUAUCACUCCAUCAGAAAGACAACCGGCUACUAUGUCGACACGUUGAGCGAUGUAGCCGGCGGUUUCUGUUUAAUGUUUGGUGUCUUGUUCUACCUGUUCAAGUACUUUGAUGCAAAAUAUUCCCACGAAACGCUGCCUCACUGGACAAAGAAUGGCGAGGCGACGAAACCAAUGCUAACUAAUGGUCACAGCUUGAUGCCGAAGCCCAGCCGGAAGUACCUCUUCUGGAAGUGCUGGUGUUUUGGAUUCAUGCUGGGCGCCUCCAGCGUUAUAUGGGACUCUGUUGUCGAUAACCUCAAGAACAUUUUUGAAGUUCCUCUGGAGGACCCCUCACUCACAAUUAUCCAGACAGACGCUCUUCAUUCUGGUAGCACGUUUGUGGUGUGCUGGCUGUGGCGCUUGUUAGAGGGACAGUCCCUGCUGCAAGUCAUUCUUAUUGUCAUCUGGGUGGAUAAAGUCUGGGAGUUCCUGAAUUUCAUCCAGUAUAUUGGCAAUAUUGUUAUUAUGACGCUCUGGCUGAUCAGUUUUGUUUAUAUACACCAUCUGCGUUCCAUACUGCAUAUGUAAGCUUUACCCGUCCAUUUACACCUGGUGGAAAUAACAACAGAUAUUUUUGUGUCUUCAUCAUCCGACAGCAGGCAUUAAACAUGGCUUGAUUGUAAUGCUAAUCCUCAGUUCGGUUUGUUCCAAGAAUUCCAGUUUUUAAAUUUGGUGCAAGUUUUAUAUUUGUAAAAAUAGAAGUUUUGAUAAUCUGUUAGUAACAAGAAACAUUACCUGCUUUUUGUUGGUUUUCAUGAUUUGAGGAUUUAGUUCUCUUUUUCUGGUUUACCUCAAGUGGGUUUUUUUUGUUUUGUUUUUUAACAUUUUGAAAUAUUAUAUACAUGUUACGUAAGUAUUUAAGUCUAUAGUGAUGUUACAUGUACAUAUAUGUGUUGGAUAUAUGUAAGCUAACUAAAUUACUGGUAAUAUGUACCGUUGAAUAAGGCCACUUUGAAUGUUGUUAACAUACGUACAUACGUAUAUAUUUGUAUUUGUGUGUGGGUGUAUGUAUCGGUACAUGUGUGUGUGUGGGUGUAUAUAUCCUGCAACAAUUAGAGCAAUAUGAUAGACUGCAUCUGUUACAUGACAAUCGGCCUGACUUGACUCGUUUUCAGAUUUUCAGUUGAAAAUGUUUUCAAUAAAGUACAUGAAAAUAAAGUUUUGUUCAUGAUAAACAUAAUAAAACUUACAUAUUUAUUUAUAAUUUAAGAAUUUAAAAGCUUACAUAUUAAUAAAUUAUCAUUUAAGAAUCUUUGAAAAUGAUGUCAUGAAGCUUUGGCCGCUGAAAUUGGUUGUUGAAAUUUUGCAUAUCAAAUGUUAGGAGUAAACAUGGUUUCCCUGCUCUUUUCGGUUGGAUUGCGGGAUAAAACAAUAACAGAUUAAUGAUAUACGUGUACAAUAUUGGCUUUAUUCUGGUGCAGGAUGCCUGUCCUGGAUGAAGGAGCCAACGGGAGCUGACAACCUGCUCCCAUGACAGGCGUGCACUACAACAGCUUGUUCUGAAUGUACACGUUAAACCCUAUGACCUGACCUGACCUGGUGCAGGAUAAAGCUGAUAAAAUGCACCAUUAUCAAGUUAUUCUCACCUUUUGUCUACAGUUUACAAUAGUAUACCAUGUACAUGUAUUCUCUGUCACAGUCUUGUUACUGGCCUAUCAGAGAAAAUGUUACCUGGAGGGCGUGGCAUAUGUGGAAUUAAUUAAUGAUACUGGCAUUGAAAGAUUGGUUGUGAGCUGCUUGAGAGGAAUAUCGGUCAUAUUGCCCCAGAGGACAUUAGCUGUGCCAGUUAAUAUACAUGCUAUGAAAUCAUUUUGAAAUAUUUUUAAUAAUUUAAAAGUAGAGUAUGGGGGAAUGAGGUUGGGAUGGGGGCAUCUGAACAAAAAGUCUGGAAAGCAUUAUAGAAACUUAAAGAAAAUUCUCUUUUAACCGUUUAAGGGUUUUUAGAUUAUCAACUACUCAGUUUAAAAUAUUGUCAACUAGCGAAGAUAAUAUAAAACACAAACUAAACAAUUACCAUGUUUAUGUUCUAAGAUCGUGCAUUAAAUAUAUUUAACAAGAAACGUUGGUAUUAACCCCAUGGUGUCAAAACAUGUAAACAUACACCAGUAAUUGGCCAUUAAAACAUUGUUUGGAAUGUUUAAUAUUUUCAGUGAAAAUCGGUUAAAAAAACACACUAACAUACAUCAGGAUUAAUAUAUAGUUUUGUAUAUUGGACAAAUGUACAAGCUGGAGUACCUCAGUAUAUUAUUAUAUUUAUUGAAAGGAUUCUUUGUGAUAAUUUUAGUUGCUGGAAUAUUUUUGUUGUGAGAUAAUCACUAGUGCAUUACGUUGCAUAUACAAUGUAUAUAUGUGUGUAUAUAUAUGGAUACAUUUUGAAAUCUGAAAUUACUACUUUUUACUUUUCUGGUUUUCUUUUUUUUUGCUGUUAUUACGUUUUGCAUUUUUAAAAUCUAUGGUUCAAAGUAUUUAUCGAUGAAUUAGUUGCAAUUCAGUUAGACCAACAUAUUUAAAAUUGUUAUUUGCUGUAACUGACUCACUCAUUUAAAAAAAAAACUUCACUCACUUUUGUUUUCAGUGGUGAUUUUUUGUUUAUGUCUCGGCAUCCUAUGCAUAUAUGUUUAAAUAAAAUAAUAAAAACAGUCACAUUUCAUUUUAAAAUACCUCUUUGCCUCUUGAAAUAUCCCAAAUAUCACUUACACUUUUGUUUUUGAAUAACUCAGGAGGAAGAAAACACAUAAAGUUUAGAAGGUGGAAAUUGCACCCAAAAUACUCAGUGUUAGUUGGGAAGUGUGGUUUGUUAAAACAAGGGGUCUGAUGUGGUAAAUGACAAAUAGUUGUUGUUUAACGUGCUGUAGAGCACUUUACUGAGCUGCUCAGGUCUGAUGUGGUAAAUGACAAAUAGCUGUUGUUUAACGUGCUGUAGAGCACUUUACUGAGCUGCUCAGGUCGUAUGAUCAAACAUCCUCAGUGGACCUAUUGGUUUUCCUCCCAUCACAACCAGUGCACCACGACUGGUAUAUCAAAGGUCGUGGUAUGUGCUAUCCUGUCUGUGGGAAAGUGCAUAUAAAAGAUACCUUGCUACUAA